AUCCCUCCCUGGUGAAGCUUUCAUUUGCAAACCCAGAUUCUUCAGGUACUGGUCCCUGUGCCCAGACAGAGCAGAUGUCUAACAGCACCUCCACCACUGAGUUCCUCCUCCUGGCAUUCACAGACACGUGUCUGUGCAUGACAUCCAUGCAUCUGCAGGAGCUGCGGCUCCUGCACUUCUGGCUCUCCCUGGGCAUCUACCUGGCUGCCCUCCUGGGCAAUGGUCUCGUCAUCAUGGCUGUAGUCUGUGAUCAUCAUAUGCACACUCCUAUGUACUUCUUCCUCCUUAACCUUGCCUUCUGUGAUCUGGGCUCUAUCUCCACCACUCUUCCCAAAGCCAUGUCCAAUUUCCUUUGGGGCAGUGGGGCCAUCUCAUACACAGGAUGUGCUGCACAAGUAUUUUUUCUCUUUUUCUGUACUACAGCUGAGUGUGCUCUUCUUACUGUCAUGUCCUAUGACCGCUACAUUGCCAUCUGCAAGCCCUUGCACUAUGGGACCCUCCUGGGCAGCAGAGCUUGUGCCACCAUGGCAGCAGCUGCCUGGGGCUCUGGGGUCCUCAAUGCUCUGCUGCACGCUGCCAGUACAUUCUCACUGCCACUCUGCCAAGGGAAUGCUGUGGACCAGUUCUUCUGCGAAGUUCCCCAGAUCCUCAAGCUCUCCUGCUCCAGCUCCUAUCUCAGGGAAGUUGCUCUUCUUGUGGUUAGUCUCUCUUCUGCAUCUGGGUGCUUGGUUUUCAUUGUGCUCUCCUAUGUGCAGAUCUUCAGGGCUGCGGUGAGGAUGCCCUCUGAGCAGGGCUGGCACAAAGCCUUCUCCACGUGCCUCCCUCAUCUGGCUGUGGUCUCCCUGUUUGUCAGCACUGGCACUUUUGCCUACCUGAAGCCACCCUCCAUCUCCUUCCCAUCCCUGGACCUGGCUGUGGCAGUGCUGUACUCAGUGGUUUCCCCAGCAGUGAACCCUCAUCUACAAUCAUCAUCAAUCAUCUACAGCAUGAGGAACCGGGAGCUCAGGGGUGCCCUGAAGAAACAGAUGAGCAGACUUUUCAGAAGUAGACAUCUGUCUUUCUUCUUCUGCAGAUCAUUCAUAGUAAAACUCUUGAUUGUCAGAACCUGUCGUCUGCUCAUGUUGGUUUUCUUCCCCUUUGGUUUUCUGUGA